AUGCCACUCGCCCGCCCCUUCAUCACUCUCCGUGCCACUCUCCCACGCCGCCUAUUCACCACCACGCCUCAGCUCUCCAAGAUCCUCCCUCCCCGACCAAAACCUCCUCCUGACUCUGAAAUUGAAGAAGUCUUCAUAAAAGGCAGCGGUCCCGGCGGCCAAAAAAUCAACAAAACCAACUCCGCCGUCCAACUAAAGCACCUCCCAACCGGCAUCGUCGUAAAAUCCCAAGCCACCCGCUCGCGCUCCCAGAACCGCGCUAUCGCACGCAACAUCCUCGCCCAGCGCCUCGACGAGUUAUAUAACGGCGAGCAGAGUCGGUCGGCUAUCGUAGGGGAUGUCAAGCAGAAGAAGCGCGCGAGCGCUUCUAAGAAGAGUAGGAGGAAGUAUCGAAAGCUCGAGGAGGAGAAGAGGGCUGCGCUGGGCCUUCAGGAGGACGACGGCGAUAGAGAGAGCGAGGAAAUCCGUCGAACGGACGAACUAAACGGGGAGCCUAGCGGCGAGAAAGGCAACGAUGACGUAGAGAAGCCGCAGGAGCUCAACGAGUCUGCGUCUCAUCUCGAAGAGAAUACUCCUGCCGCCACUGAGAAGGGGAAGACAUCUUCAAGCAACCCGAACGAUCUGUAA